GACUACUGCCAGAGUUAGCCACCAGUCCCGUGUGCCUCUGGGCUGAGUCUCGCUAUGAGGGAGACAGACAUACAGACAGAGAAAGUGGGCAAGGGACAAAAGAGAGAGAAAGUGAGAGAACAGGAAAGAGUGUAGGCAGAAAGGAAAAUCCAUCAGAAGAAAAGAGAGACAGGCAAGAGUUGACAGAAGAAUAGGAGAAAGAAGAAGAGAGGGUAAACAAUAGACUGAAUUGAGUUAUCAGUCUCUCUUCUUCUCUAACAAAACAGAACAAAGUCAUGGCCGAAAACACCACAAAUAUCUUUCUGGAAAUCCUUCAGUCUUUUGAUGCUGUCCCUCUGAUCAUAGCUUUCUGUGUCUCCAUGGCGGUGGGCCUGGUUUUGGGGGCUCUCGUAUAUGUGGUCUUGAUCUGGAUGUCCAGACGCAGAGCAGGCUCUGCCAGCAUUACCCGCCGCCCUCCUCGCCAAUCACGCACAUCUCCCCGCAACCGUCCAGGCUUUAACCGCAACAGCAGCUACGACCGGCGUAGCAACAACAGUUUGGUCAGUGCUGCUUUCAGCUUCCACCGCCAGACUUCCUCCCCAGAUCACCUCGAUCCACUGGGGCACAAAUCCAGCUUCAGGGCCUCUACCUUCCACCCUCUCCUCCAGUGCAGCCAAAUUGCAAGGGAAGCAGAGGAGGGGAGCCAGACCACGCUGCCUCGUACACCGACUCUGACCACGUCGACUGGAUCAGCCCAAACAGCAGCCCAGCCGGCUGCCACCCCACCCAGACCAGAAACAUUUUGGGGUAAUAAUAGCCUGAGGGGUUUCCAUGCUACACAGACCCCACCUCCAGCCUAUGAGAGCAUUAUUAGAGCUUAUCAGGAAACACGCACCUGAGAGGAGUGAGAGCACCAGGCUGAUUCUUACUAAACCGAGAGUUGUAAAUGGACUUACAAAUAAUACUGGACUAAAUCUGUAUUGAUUUAUAUGACAAGGUGGAGCAGAGUGGAGCAAACAAGGACAUCAAGGUCAAUUGUGUACCCUGCUCAACAGAAUAAUACUCUGAAACAACAAUCCGUUUUGUAUGUCUUUUGGUUUGUUAAUAUAUCUGACUGAUAAGUAUACUUGCCUUUUAUCAUUCAAUACUGAAUUAUUUAUAAACAGUAAUUUGACACUCAGCAAUAUGCCAAUUGCUGCUUAUGAAAGGAAAAUCACUCUUAAAUAUUAGCAAUCUGUAUUUUGGUGUGUUUGACACUCGCGUAUGCUUGCACAAACCCUUUUCUAAUUUCUACAAGGUGAGAAUCUUCAAAUACAUACUGAUGACUGGGCAUUUAUGCUACAAGGCAAGACUUCUCCUUUGUUCCUGCUGAUCAUCUAACUACGCAAAAGAGAGAAUUAGUGUGCAAGCGUACCCCAAAAGAAAGCGAGUGGUUGUGUCUUAACCUGUAAUUAGUAAAUUAGAGAUGUGUCAUUUAGGUGUAUAUGUAAUGCAAAACAGCCAGCUUUUAAAUGUUUCUUUUUUCAAAACUGUGUAAUUUAGUGUGUCUGUGUGUGUUUGCAUGUACAGUGUGUGUGAGCGUGAGAGAGGGAGACACAAAGGUGGACAGAAGGUUUUGUAUUUCAUAUGUGAAUGUAGUUUACUGAAUUUUGCUCAUAUGUUUGCAAUAAAAGCAAGAAUCAAAAUCA